AGAUUCGACUUUCAACAGUAGAGCUAGGCGUAAAACGUAACUCGGGCUUGUGUAUUUUAUAUUUUACUCAUUUGUCAGUGAAACACACCAGAGAACGGAUCGGAUCUCAACAAAACCGGCAGUCGACAUAGCAAACUUUUUUUUUUUGACUCGAUAAAAUGGUUUUCAUAACAAAAUUCGCGCGGAUUGGUGUCCAGGCGGCCCGCCAGCUGCGUGCCGCGCCCCUGGUUACAUCUCAGUGGCGUAGUUUCCACAUAACCAGCAUGCUGGACAAAGAACGCCGCUACACAGACAAGCACGAAUGGGUUGAGCUCCUGGACGCCAACAAGGCCAUCGUUGGCAUCUCCAGCUAUGCCCAGGAGGCAUUGGGCGACGUGGUCUUUGCCCAGCUGCCGGAGCCAGGAACAGAUCUUAGCCAGGACGACGAAUGCGGUGCCCUGGAGAGUGUGAAGGCUGCCAGCGAAGUGUAUUCGCCCGUGAGCGGCAAGGUGACCGAGAAGAAUGCCGAAGUAGAGGACACGCCGGCUCUGGUCAACAGCAGCUGCUAUGACAAAGGCUGGCUCUUUAAGGUGGAUCUGAAGAAUCCCACUGAAUAUGAGAAACUUAUGACUGAAGAACAAUACAGCGCAUUUGUGAAAAGCAGCGGUGAACACUAGACAAGAAACACUAGGCACGAAAACUGCCCCCAACACUUCAGACUAGCCUAAAUACACAACGUUCACGCAUUUGUUAUCUCUCGCACACACCAAAAACUCACCCCGAAACUCAUCCACACAUCAUGGGCCCACGUUGUUGUAUCGCUUGAAACUUGUUACGAAUAAGAAUCGACAUUAAAGCCAAAAAUAAUAUUUCAAAAGGGCAA